AUGCCUACUAGCUCACUGUGCGUGUGGAGUCCCAGCACUUAUAUUUCGGUGACUGUCCGGAGUGCAGCCCGUCUGCUUUUCUGCACGUUUCUCUUUAGCUGCGUGGCUGCGUACUUGAUUGACAAUAUGCGCGUGUUUCAAUUGACAACAGCCCUCGGGUCGAUCAUCGUUUCUGCAACAGCUCUUACUCCCGAGCAGCUUAUCGCAGCUCCGAGACGGAGUGAUGCUAUUCCUAAUCCAUCAGGGGAAGUCGCCCUCUUUUCCACCUCUGAAUACUCCUUCGAGACCCAUGCUACAUCAUCAUGGUGGAGUCUGCUGGAUCUGGAGACUGGGAAAGUGACUCAACUUACCAACGACAGCAAUGUCUCCGAAUUGACUUGGCUAGGGUCUACUGACUCGGGCCUGUUGUAUAUCAAUGGCACAAAUGCCGAGAUUCCCGGAGGUACCGAGAUUUGGGUGUCAGAUACCUCUGAUUUCGCCAACUCUGCCUACAAGGCAGCUUUAUUGCCUGCGCCGCUUUCUGGCCUCAAGACGGCCAUCACCGAGUCUGGAGACAUUAACUUCUUGGUGUAUGGAGAGUCCUGGCCCAAUGGAACUGCGUACAAUAAAGAGCUUGUUGCCGCGCCUUUAAGCUCGGCACGUAUCCACGACAGUAUCUACGUCCGCCACUGGGAUACUUGGCUCACGACGAGAUUCAAUGCUAUCUUCUCGGGGACUCUGAAGAAGAAGAGAGCCGGACCUGGAGCGACAUCCGCCUACACUUCUAGUGGAUCUCUCAAGAACCUCGUCGCAGGAGUCAAGAACCUGGAGUCACCUUACCCGCCAUUCGGCGAUGCGUCUGACUAUGACAUCUCCUCCAAUGGAAAAUUGGUGGCAUUCAAGAGCAAGGCACCUGAAUUGCCACGAGCAAACCACACUGCUUCGUAUAUUUAUCUUGUGCCCCAUGAUGGAUCCAAGAAGGCCGUGGCUAUCAAUGGCCCUGACAGUCCUGGCACACCGAAAGACAUCAAGGGUGAUUCGAGCAGUCCUGUCUUCUCUCCAGAUGGCCGUCACAUUGCAUAUCUCCAAAUGGAAGAUAUCUCCUACGAGUCGGACCGUCGCACUGUCUACGUUUACACCAUUGACUCCAAGGAUACUAUUCGUACAUUGGCCAAGGACUGGGACCGGUCACCUGGUGCCAUCAAGUGGACUGCUGACGGGAAGAACCUGGUUCUGAACACCGAGGAUUCUGCGCGCUCUCGACUCUUCCUGCUGCCCGCUGAUGCUGGUAAUGAUUUCACGCCUAAGAACUUCACCGACGGUGGCUCCGUGGCUGCUUACUACGGCCUGCCUAAUGGAGAAUACUUGGUUUCUAGUUCCGCUAUCCAUACCAGUCGUACAGUCUACACCGCGAAACCUGGCGAAGGCGUCACAGGCGUUAUUUUCUCUGCGAGCGAAGUUGACCCCGCCUUGAAGAACCUUGGUCCAUCAGACGUCGACGAGUUCUACUAUAAGGGCAACUGGACAGAUAUUCACUCAUGGAUUGUUUACCCUUCGGACUUUGACAAGUCAAAGACCUACCCGCUCCUAUUCUAUAUCCACGGUGGUCCUCAAGGUUCCUGGGGUGACUCCUGGAGCACUCGGUGGAACUACAAGGUCUUUGCCGACCAAGGAUACGUGGUUGUCGCGCCCAACCCAACAGGAAGCACUGGUUUCGGUGAUAAACUCACGGACGAGAUCGCGAACAACUGGGGAAGCUACCCUUACGACGACUUGGUCAAAUGUUGGGAGCAUGUCCGGGACAACUUCGACUUCAUUGAUACCUCUCGCGGCGUGGCAGCUGGCGCCAGCUACGGUGGUUUCAUGAUCAACUGGAUCCAGGGUAAUCCUCUCGGCCGCGAGUUCAAGGCGCUAGCCAGUCACGAUGGCACAUUUGUGGCCGAUGCAAAGGUCUCAACCGAGGAACUCUGGUUCAUGCAGCAUGAGUUCAACGGCACGUUCUGGGACAACCGAGAGAACUAUCGUCGGUUCGAUCCAUCGGCCCCAGAACACAUUAAGCAGUUCACCACUCCACAGCUCAUUAUCCACAGUGAUUUGGACUAUCGUCUUCCCAUCUCUGAGGGUCUGGCGCUUUUCAAUAUCUUGCAAGAGCGAGGUGUUCCGAGUCGGCUGCUCAGCUUCCCUGAUGAAAACCAUUGGGUCACCAACAAGGAAAACAGUCUUGUCUGGCACCAGCAAGUCUUAGGGUGGCUCAAUAAGUACGCCGGCAUUGACACCCCGGGCUCUAAGGGUAUGUCCCAUACUCUGUCCCCUGAUCCAUCAUCAUCGCCCAUCCGAAAGAAGCAAAAAGGUACACCAUCGGCCAUCCUAGACAGAGCUAACAGCAGCUCCCGGUCAGGAAUUCCCAAGUUGGAAUCCUCUUCCGGAACCCAUCCCCCAAGUGAGUAUUGGAAUCAACUUACAGACUUUCAACGGGCUUUCCUCGAUGGCGCUAUGCAAGAGACAGUCUCUAACCUCUAUGAUUUUGGCGCAGAGAUCAAAGCUGAGACGUCUUCUCCCGCUCCCUCUUCCAUCAUCAAUGACGAGAACGAGAGUCAGUACAACCUUGGCACUCCUGUCCCAUGCCCAAUUUCAGCCCCAUUUCCAUGUACCGUGGACGAUCUUACCUUAUGUCACGCUCCCACCGCUGAUCCCACUGGCUACCCUAUUUUUGUUUCUCGAAAUGGGCGCUGGGACUGGUAUUAUCUUCACUCUAACACCAAGACUACAGAGUCUUCCGCUACACCUGCCAAUGGUACGAGCAACGGAAAUACCAAGACAAAGAGUGAGUUUGCAAACGACCUCUGUCUUUGCCCGAACCAAUUUCCCUGCACGAAGGACGACACUACUUUGUGUCCUUGUCCCAAUCCUGGUCCCAAUUCCGCCAACGGUCCCACCUUUUCUUCUCAAAACGGACUCGUCUCCCCCAAGGUCAAGAUGGAGGACAUCCCCGAGGCCAAUCCAAGGGUCCAGCGACCAAGCAACCCCCUCUCGACCACAUUCACCGCUGCUGACCUGGAUCACUUCGUCUUCCACGGCGUCCACGACAGCGAUGACGACAUCUCCCCAGUGCCCUCACUGGUCGAAAACACAAACAGGCAAUCCAGGCCCGAAAACAUAAUCGAGCAUGUCAGGGCCGAAAACAUAGCUGAGCAAGCCAAGACUGUGAAGCAUGUGAAGUUCUUCAUGAACAAUUCCCACGACAAGCACUUCGUUCCCUUCGAAGUUCCUGCUCUCAUUGGCAAUGAGAACUGGGAGCCCUGGUUGGCCGGCAUGUACCUGCUCUUCCGCCAGCACUCGGUGUGGUCUGUUGUGACUGCAGAACUUCAGCCACUGCCUCCAGGUCACAAUUUGCACCUGUGGUACAAGCGCAUGCUCGAUUGUGCAGUUGCCCUUAUCUACGCCAACGUCUCUGAUGUGGUCCGCAACACUCAUUGUUUCAUGCGUACCCUGCACGAUGAUGAUCCUGACGAGUUGAUGGCCCACCUGUACGCUCACUAUGCCGAGCCUAAUUUGACUCACCCGCAUGAAGAGUCUGAGCUUGAUUAG